AUGCAGGAACUGACCCAUGACGUCCCCGCCCUUGGCGACCGCCAUCCCCUUCUUCUUUUUCCACCCUCCACUAGUAAUACGAAUACCAAUACGAUUAAUACGACUAAUAGUGGGAGUAGUGGUGGUGGCCGGCGUGUGUUGGCGGUGGCGCCGUAUCCCUUCACCUUCCGCGCCCCGGCGAAGGGACGGUGGAUUGGACGGCCGCUUCUUCACGUCGUGGCACGCGAAUUCGCAUACGUUCCGCCUCUCACGGCCAUAAACGAUAGACCGCGCGCCAGUCUGGAUCCCCGCAUUACCGUUCCAGCGUACAUUGAGGAGCUGCGCAACGGUCUGUUGUGGCUGAACGGCCGCGAGGCAGAGUGUCGCGCUGCAGGAGAAGCCUAUAGCGCUGAAUUACAACGUUUGCGUGGUGAACACACCAAUGAGAAUAUAAGUAGUUCAGUGAAUGUAGAGGAAAUGAUGAUAGAUGAUGAGGCAGUAGAAUUGCUUUUACAGCAACAACAUUUGGUUCUACAACAGAAGGAUAUUGUACUACAUCAAGUGCUACGACGUGAAGCUCCAAUGCCGUGUGAUGAGCCACUUCAUAUUCUUCGUUAUGAUCACAUACCUCGAGGAACACCACCACGACGACUUCUUGUUCUUAGUAAACCGCACGGGCUACCAGUGCAUCCUUCAGGUCGUAAUCGCAAGAACUCUGUAACGUCUAUAAUGGAAGAUAUUUUUGGUGGUGUUGAUGCCCAUCGUUACCACGCCGUAGAGUUAGAGAAAUCUGACAUUGAACAUGAAGAGGGUGUUGUACUCAUGUCAAUACGUCAUAAAGAAUAUGAUUUUGAGCUGAUACGUGUGUGGAUUGGGGACAAAUAUGUUAGCCGAGAUGCAUGGGAGGAAUUACAUUCGCUACUGAGAAAAGAACAAGACGUAAAAGGAUUAAAAGCCUUUGUCGUACAUCGGCUUGAUGCUGCAACAAGUGGUGUAUUGUUAUUCGGUUUAGAUUCUGUUAGUGCCCGUAUAACGGCAGAGUUAGUGGCACAGAAAGGUGAUGUCUACGAUAAUAUUGGUGUUACAACAUCAACAGAAGCAGAAGCAUCAACAGCAACAGAGAUUGAAACAAUAAUAGGGUGUACCAAACAAUAUUUUGCACGAGUACAUGGUCGUUUCGAUGUUAUGAAACUAGUGAAAGGGCAACAUCACUGUACUCAGGUGAAACCUCCAUCUUCUUUAGUUUCUGUGAACGGAGAUGAGACUGUGUGUUGGUUACGUGUGGAUCGCCCUAUCGGGUGUCUUUCAUAUCAUGAGAGUCUUUAUUGGUGUCCGGAUGCAGAAAUGACCAAUUCGUGGAUGAAAGAAAAGGAAGCAGAAGUUGCAGCAGAAAAAGAAGCUCUGAGCACAAUUGGAAGUGGAAGUAAUGGGAAAAUUCAUGUUGCGGGUAAAAAACGGGGUAUUCAUCGUGAUAAUGCCGCAUUAGAAGCUAAACAUGAGCGUAUGCGUAGAUUAACUGUUGGUGGACGAUCAGUAGCUGAGAGAAGUGAAGAAGGAACUGAUAACGUUAUCGCAGAAGAGCGUUUAUCUACAUUAAAACAGAGUAUGAAACGAGCGGUAACACUUGUUCGACUUGUGGGAUAUGAUGAAGACUGUGAUGAGUCUGUGGUAGAGUGUAUUCUUUUAACAGGCCGCACACAUCAAGUACGUGUACAUUUGGCAUCUUUAGGGCAUCCUAUUCGAGGUGAUACCAAAUAUAUUCGUUAUAUUUCCACAUUAGAACCAGAGAAGAGAAAAUUGAAUAAGACUUCUAUGACCCUUGAAUGUGAGGGUUCACCUUUAUAUAAAGAAGAGGCAGAUGAGGAUGAUGAAGAUAAUUAUGAUUCUCUAUUUUCUCAGGGUAUUUAUCUACAUGCGUGGCGUUAUACACUUCGCUACGCCCCUGGUGAAACAGCCGAAGUAUUGGAGGCGAAACCACCUCCAGCAUGGACGAUAGUGAGUUAG